AUGAACGCAGCCCAGCUCGCCAAGAUGCCCCAGGCUGCACGAGCUGCCGUUCGCGCAGCGGAUAAGAGUGGUGCGCUCGACCGCGGCGAGUUCACCAUGGCUGUCGCGCGUGCCGACGUCAUUAAGCGUCUCGGCUUGACUGCCAAGGCUGGAGACGACAGCUCCGUCAAGAAGGAGAUCAAGGCGGCCGCUGCUCUAGAGAACGAGGAGGACGAGGGCGAGGAGGCUGAACCUUCCCCCGCAAAGGAAGAAGAGGAAGAAGAAGAGGAAGAGGACGACGAGGUAGAGGAGGUAGAGGGCGGCGAGGCCCAGGCCGAGAAGCAGGAGCCAGCACCGAGGAAUAAGGCCGCACCCAGGCGCAGCAAACCCAAGCCCAAGUCCAAGGCCGCCGAGUCCGAGUCCGAGUCCGAGUCUGAAGAUGACGACGGGGACGACUUCGAACCUUCCUCCGACGAGGGCCCGCCGCGGAAGAAGGUCCGGUCAAGCACCAAGGCAACGUCCCGAGUUGCCUUCAGUGCACACUCUCAAUCGUCCACUCCGCUGAAAGGAAAGGACAAACCGCCCGCCAAGAGUGUGGAGAAGAUCGAGGACUCAGAUGAGGAGAAUCCACUGGCCGAGCGCAAGGGCACAGAGCCUGCGUCGCCGGCUCGCUCCGAGUCAUCUAUGUCAAGCGUGUAUGACGAGCCGCCGAAGAAGCGUGGGAGGGGUGCAAGCGCCGAGAAGCCCAAGAAAUCCAAGAAGGUCAAGAAGGAUCCGAACGAGGGGCUCUCGCCAGACGAAGCGCGUGUGGCUGACUUGAAGCGCAUCGUCGUCGCCUGUGGUGUGCGCAAGCAGUGGACCAAAGAGUUCGCCGACUGUCCCACUCCCACAUCCCAGAUCGACCACUUAAGGGAUCUCCUCCGCUCGCUCGGCAUGAAGGGCAACCCUACCACAGGCAAGGCCAAGUCGCUCAAAGAACGUCGCGAACUGGCACAGGAGCUCAACGACGUGCAAGAGUUUGAGUCCAAGCGCGGGGCCGGGGCCGAGCGGCCCGGACGCGGACGUGCCGAACCGGACAGGAAAGUGUCGUCGUCUGGCGCGAUGGCGGCGGUGAUGGACUUCCUCGACGACGAUGACGACUAA